UAUCGGUCAAGUAUGGUGUCAUGAUAUUAUGGAUAGUACAACAAAAAUGAUACGUGUUUGGGAUACACUAAAAUGUGCUGAUGGGAUAGCUAAUCUUUCAGAUCAUGAAAUCAUUGAAGGACCUGGAUAUUAUAUGGCACGAUUUAUCAGUGAUCUUGGCGGUAUAUCUGGUCUAUAUGUCGGUGUAACAUUUUACACUAUUGCUGAAGUGAUUGAUUUAGUCACCCAGUACCUUUGCUUGUAUAUACCCUACUUUUAUAGUGUAAUGCAUCUUCAAAUGUUAAAAGAGAAAAAUAUGGCUAGGAAGAUAAAACGACGUUUACAACUAGCAAUGCAAGAUAAAGCUAUGCAGGAGAGUGGAAUCUAACCCGGAAUGGUGAUGAAGAUACUCCUUCCAACUACAGGCCACUAACUAGCCAACAUUGGUGUCGAUGGUUUUCAGCGCUAGUUAGCUUUCGUCUCAAAAGCUGAAGUAU